AAGAUAUGAAUGGAUCGUUGUUAUUACGUCGUUUAUGGGCGGACUCCUUUAAGAAAGCUUUGACAUGUUAUAGACCGUCCUGUUAUGGCAUACAAGUGUUUGGCUUUCACUGUGGUGCAAAUGUAUCAAAGUAUUCUACCUCUGAAAGAAAAGUAUCGUUGACGAAAGUAGGAGAAAUUUUGCAGCAAAAUAUCGCAGCAAAGGGAGCCAUUACAGUAGCAGAGUUUAUGAAGGAAUGUUUGCAGCAUCCUUUUUAUGGAUAUUAUAUGAAAGAAACUGUAUUAGGACGACAAGGUGACUUUGUUACUGCACCAGAAAUAAGUCAAACUUUUGGAGAAAUGGUGGGGCUCUGGUUUGUUUCCUUGGCUGAAGAACGAUAUUCCUCCUUCACGAAGCCUUUCCGAUUGGUCGAGUUGGGUCCUGGUAUCGGCACACUUAUGAAUGAUAUGCUUCGAACUAUGGCACAGUUUCCUUGGUUUUAUCGCCAUAUUACAGUUCACCUCGUAGAGACUAGUCCUGCUUUAAUGAAGCAACAGCAAUUGACACUGACAAGAUAUAAACAAAAAGGAGUCAAUCUUUUUUGGCAUAGAAAUAUAGAUGAAGUACCUAGUGAUGGAUCAUUUUUUAUUAUAGCUCAGGAGUUUUUUGAUGCACUUCCCAUUCAUCAAUUUGUAUGGAAAGAAAAUGGUUGGCAAGAGAAGCUAAUUGAUAUUGAAACUCGGCAAGAGGAGCCUUUUCAUUUUCGUUACGUUCUUUCGGGUGGUUCAACUACUGCUUCUCGAGUGUUUUUGGAUUUUUUAGGUUAUCAUAGAAAUGAAAGGGGUGACAUAGAAGAUUCUGUGAUGAGAGAUGGAGUUGAAUUGAGUCCACAAAGUUUAUCUAUUGUGCAGUCCAUAACAACACGAUUGACACAGUCAUCAGGAGCAUUUCUUGUUAUCGAUUAUGGAGCCAACCAACAUAUCAACGACAGUUUACGUGCCAUUCGUUCUCAUGAGUUUGUUCCUGUUCUGAGAGAACCCGGUGAAGCAGACUUGAGUGCAGAUGUCAAUUUCUUGAGUCUUCGAAAAGCAUACGAACAAACGCCAGCGUUAAAGAAGUCUCAAGGAAAUUCUUUUCGUCCUAUUUGUUUAGGUCCAAUUUCACAACGACAGUUUUUGCUGUCGAUGGGUAUUGAGUAUCGUGUCGUUCAGCUGGUCUUAUCAAGUAAGACAGAUGAGGAAGCUGCUGAUAUUCACAAAGGCUAUAAGAGGUUAGUCUCUCAUGGUGAUGGCAUGGGAAAUGUGUACAAAUGUUUUUGUAUAGUUAGUCCAGACUUUGGAAUUCCUGUAGGAUUUUCAAAGUGAAUAGUAGUGAAAUGUUUCUUUAUGAUUAUCUAUCGGUAAUUUUUGAUAUAUUCUUUUAUUCUAUGCAAUGCUUUAGUUUCUUUUGAUAUUUUUAUGAUCCAACAAAAGUCCAUUACAUUCUCUCUUCAUUGCUAUGAAAUAAAGUGUUGAGAAAUGCU